CUGUCACUGGCUUCUCGGGCUCCCGGGAAGCAGUGAGUUUCCGUAAGGAGGCGGCGGCAGUAGCUGCGGCCAGGCGGGUCUGCAGUCUGUGCCUGGAGUCACCACUGCUCACAGCGAAAGGGAUGCCUUUUCUCCGUUUGCACAAAAUGAGCGUGAGGUGGUUAGCCAGACCAGGAGCUCAGCCUCACUCAGGGUCCAGCCUACUGCUCUGAUGCCCAAGGGGAGGCAGAAAGUGCCACACUCAGAUGCCCCCCUGGGCCCCAGGCCCACUUGCCUCUGCCUGGAGCUAGCCGGGCUCUUCCUGCUGCUUCCCUGGGUGAUGGGCCUGGUGGGGGCAGGUGGGCCUGGGGCCCAGGGUCCGGAGGGGCUGAGCUGGGCCGUGCGUGUGGACAGCCCAGAAGGCGAAAGGGAAGAACAGUCGCUGGAGCAGCGGGCAGAUGCCCUGGCCCAGGCGGCAGGGCUGGUGAAUGCAGGACGCAUCGGGGAGCUCCAGGGGCACUACCUCUUGGUCCAGCCGGCAGGGCACCGGCAGGCCCCGCAGGUGGAGGCCGUCCGGCAGCAGGUGGAGGCCGUGUUGGCCAGGCACGAAGCUGUGCGCUGGCACUCAGAGCAGAGGCUGCUCAAGCGGACCAAGCGCAGCGUCCACUUCAAUGACCCCAAGUACCCGCAGCAGUGGCACCUGAAUAACCGGCGGAGCCCCGGCAGGGACAUCAACGUGACGGGUGUAUGGGAGCGCAAUGUAACCGGCCAAGGGGUGACCGUGGUGGUCGUGGACGACGGUGUGGAGCACACCAUCCAGGACAUCGCACCCAACUAUAGCCCUGAGGGCAGCUAUGACCUCAACUCUAACGACCCUGACCCCAUGCCCCACCCAGAUGUGGAGAAUGGCAACCAUCAUGGCACGAGGUGUGCAGGAGAGAUCGCUGCCGUGCCCAACAACAGCUUCUGUGCUGUGGGAGUGGCGUAUGGGAGCCGCAUAGCAGGCAUCCGGGUACUGGAUGGACCCCUGACAGACAGCAUGGAGGCUGUGGCGUUCAACAAGCACUAUCAGAUCAAUGACAUCUACAGUUGCAGCUGGGGACCAGAUGACGAUGGAAAGACGGUGGACGGUCCCCAUCAGCUUGGGAAGGCUGCCCUGCAACACGGGGUGAUCGCUGGCCGCCAGGGCUUUGGGAGCAUCUUCGUGGUAGCCAGUGGCAAUGGGGGCCAGCACAACGACAACUGCAACUACGAUGGCUACGCCAACUCCAUCUAUACGGUCACCAUAGGUGCUGUGGACGAGGAGGGACGGAUGCCUUUCUACGCAGAGGAGUGUGCCUCCAUGCUGGCAGUCACCUUCAGCGGUGGGGACAAGAUGCUCCGGAGCAUCGUGACCACAGACUGGGACCUUCAGAAGGGCACAGGCUGCACCGAGGGCCACACGGGGACCUCAGCCGCGGCCCCUCUGGCAGCCGGCAUGAUAGCCCUGAUGCUCCAGGUGCGGCCCUGCCUCACGUGGCGUGACGUCCAGCACAUCAUCGUCUUCACAGCCACCCAGUAUGAGGAUCGCCGCGCGGAUUGGAUCACCAACGAGGCCGGCUUUAGCCACAGCCACCAGCACGGAUUCGGCCUGCUCAAUGCUUGGAGACUUGUGAACGCAGCCAAGAUCUGGACGUCUGUCCCUUACUUAGCUUCCUACGUCAGCCCCGUGUUGAAAGAGAACAAGGCUAUCCCACUGUCCGCCCGCCCCCUGGAGGUCCUGUGGAAUGUCAGCAGGAUGGACCUGGAGAUGUCGGGGCUGAAGACCCUGGAGCACGUGGCCGUGACAGUCUCCAUCACUCAUCCACGACGUGGCAGCUUGGAACUGAAGCUGUUUUGCCCCAGUGGCAUGAUGUCUCUUAUUGGCACCCCCCGCAGCUUGGACUCGGACUCCAAUGGCUUCAAUGAUUGGACCUUCUCCACUGUGCGGUGCUGGGGGGAAAGAGCGAAAGGGACCUACAGGCUCGUCGUCAGGGAUGUAGGAGAUGAGAUGUCCCAGGCCGGCAUCCUCCGGCAAUGGCAGCUGACCCUAUAUGGCUCUGUGUGGAGUCCAGUAGACAUCAGGGACAGACAAAGGUUACUAGAAAGUGCCAUGAGUGGGAAAUACCUGCACGAUGGCUUCACGCUGCCCUGCCCUCCCGGGCUGAAAAUCCCAGAGGAAGAUGGUUAUACCAUCACCCCGAACACCCUCAAGACCCUGGUGCUGAUAGGCUGUUUCGCCGUCUUCUGGACCAUUUACUACAUGCUGGAAGUAUACUUGAGCCAGAGGAAUGUGGCCUCUCACCCAGUUUGUAGGAGUGGACCCUGCCACCGGCCCCAGCGAAGCCGAACAGCCAAGGAGGAGGGGACAGAACUGGAAUCAGUGCCCCUUUGCAGCAGCCAGGAUCCAGGUGGAGUGGGGAUGGAGAGCGAGGGCCCUCCCGCCACCUCCGGGCUCCACGCCCCAGACCUGCUGGAUCAAGGGGACUGGAGCCUGUCCCAGAGCAGGAGUGCCCUGGACUGCCCUCAGCACCUGCCCCCAGACCUGCUGCAGGGGAAGGAGGCGCAGAUUUGCUGACCUUGGGCCUGAUAGCCAACGUGGGAGAGGCUCUAACUUCCUAAGACUGGGGA